UUUAUAAACUGUAACCGCUUGCUUCGUAUUGGGUGUUGGAAGCGGGUGGAAAAGUUUUUCUUGUCUGUUUCUUUACGAAAAAUUUAAUUUUUUUAAUGGCUGGAAGAUUACCUGCAAUCGUUAUUGAUAAUGGAACUGGGUACACAAAACUUGGUUUUGCUGGAAAUAGAGAACCACAGUUCAUCAUUCCAUCCGCGAUAGCUAUCAGAGAAACUGCAAAGAUUGGAGAUCAGGCAAUUAGAAGGUUAGGUCGUGGCAUAGAUGACCUGGAUUUUUACAUAGGUGAUGAAGCAAUUGAUUCUACAGGGUAUUCAGUAAAAUACCCAAUUCGUCAUGGAAUUGUGGAAGAUUGGGACUUGAUGGAACGAUUUUGGGAACAGUCCAUUUUUAAAUAUCUUCGAGCUGAACCUGAAGAUCACUACUUUUUAUUAACAGAACCUCCCUUAAAUACUCCAGAAAACAGAGAAUAUACUGCUGAAAUUAUGUUUGAAUCAUUUAAUGUUCCUGGUCUGUAUAUUGCAGUUCAAGCUGUAUUGGCUCUUGCUGCAUCUUGGACUUCUCGACAAAUGGGUGAGCGAACUUUGAAUGGCCUGGUAAUUGAUUCUGGUGAUGGUGUUACUCAUUGCAUUCCUGUGGCAGAGGGAUAUGUAAUUGGAAGCUGUAUCAAACAUAUUCCAAUUGCUGGACGUAAUAUCACCUAUUUCAUCCAAAGUUUACUCAGAGAACGUGAAGUUGGUAUCCCUCCCGAACAGUCGCUGGAGACAGCUAAGGCAAUAAAGGAAAGAUACAGUUACAUUUGUCCUGAUAUUGCCAAAGAAUUUGCAAAAUAUGACCAGGAACCAUCAAAGUGGAUGAAAAAAUAUGAAGGAAUUAAUGCAAUUACUCAGCAACCAUUUAGGGUUGAUGUUGGAUAUGAACGUUUCUUAGGACCUGAAAUAUUUUUCCACCCAGAGUUUGCAAAUCCAGAUUUCAUGACACCAAUAUCUGAAAUAGUAGAUACUUGUAUUCAAAGUUGUCCUAUUGAUGUAAGAAGGCCGCUAUAUAAGAAUAUAGUAUUAUCUGGUGGCUCAACAAUGUUCCGAGAUUUUGGCCGAAGGCUUCAACGAGAUAUCAAAAGAGUUGUCGAUGCAAGAUUGAAGCUUAGUGAAUCACUUAGUGGUGGUCGAAUAAAGCCCAAACCUAUCGAAGUCCAGGUUAUAUCCCAUCAUAUGCAAAGAUAUGCUGUAUGGUUUGGUGGUAGUUUACUAGGAUCUACACCUGAAUUUUAUCAAGUAUGUCCUACUAAAGCUGCAUAUGAAGAAUAUGGACCUAGUAUUUGUCGUCAUAAUCCUGUAUUUGGUGCCAUGACAUGAGAAAUAAAGUACUUUUAAAUACUUUAAAACAUACCUUCAUAAAGAGUGUAAUAUAUUGAAAAUCUAAUCUAAAAAAAAGAAACAUUGCUUCUGAGAUUACAGUUAGCUUCUGUUAUGGACUGUGAUGUGUGUAACAUAUGGAACAAAUUUCUUUGCAAAUUCCCAAUCAAUGACCAUUGCUCAUACUAUUGAAAAUCUAUUAUAUGUCUACUAUUGUCUUUGUUUUUUUUUAUUGAAUUUUCUUUUCUAUGAAUAGCUAUCAGUCUUAAAUUACUGAUUUAUCAAAAAAUCAUCUAGUGAUUGUAUUUUGUAAUUGUUUUGCACUUGUAAUUUUAUAGACACUCCAUUUAUUGAAUAUAUCAAAAUAAACUCGUUUUCUUUAUUAAA